AUGUCCCUUACUCAUUUAUCUUCUAAUCACCUACCAGAAACACUCUGGUAUCCAUACCCUAUUAUGGACUCCUCCCCCAAAUUUCCAAUCGACCACCAUCCUCACCCACCCCCCACCGCCUUCAAUUUCAACCUAAACCCCCAUUACGACGAUAAUCAACCACAAGAUUCCAAUUGCAAACAACCCAUGUUCGAGAAACCAUUAACUCCCAGCGACGUCGGCAAACUCAACCGUCUCGUCAUUCCCAAACAACACGCCGAGAAAUACUUCCCUCUCGGCGGCGGAGAUUCCGCGCCGGCCGUCGACCAACAGAAAGGCUUGCUGCUGAGUUUCGAGGAUGAGACCGGAAAGCCGUGGCGUUUCCGCUACUCGUAUUGGAACAGCAGUCAAAGCUACGUGUUGACCAAAGGCUGGAGCCGUUUCGUAAAGGAAAAGCGUUUAGAUGCCGGUGACGUCGUUUUGUUUGAACGUCAUAGGUUCGAUUGUGACAGACUGUUUAUCGGGUGGAGACGGAGGCCUGCUGCCAUGCCGAUGCUAGAUAGCGUGCCGGUAGCUCAGCCAACCGGCGGCGGCGGCGGCGGCGGUGGUGGUGCUGGGUGGACCACCAGUGGGUUCUAUAAUGCGCACUAUAAUUAUCCUUCUCACCACCUACCUCUAUCUCUUCCUCAUCCAUAUAAACCUGACUGUCUUCAUGCAGGAGGUAUAAAUGAUAAUGUGGAAAAGAAGCAAAGAGAUAUGGUGGCUGCAAGUGGGAACCCAAGAAGGGUAAGACUGUUUGGUGUGAACCUUGAAUGCCCAGAUGAAUGUGAGCCAUCCACCCCAGAUGGUUCGAGUCACCAGGGGGGUGGUGGUGCUGGUGGUCAACCCCACUACCAAUAUCACAACAAUCUCAAUCUCAAUCAGAAUCAGGAUAUGAACAUCAAUUUCAGCCAGAUGAGGAACCAGCAACACCAAGGAUAAAGAUCUGAGGAAUGUGACAUCAAAUUUAUUUCCUACUGGAUGUUGCUGCUACGGUUGCUGUUGUCCCACAACAAAUUAAAGGAAGAAUCCUUAAUAACAACAUUAACGCCCCCAAAACCAGAAAUAAUUAAUUAAUAGUAUAUAAAAACCCAUGGAAGCGAGAUUCGGAGACAACGAGAUUAAGGGAUGGAGGCUGGAAUCGGGAAAGAAGCAUUCGUUUGAAGAGAAAAUAGAAAAAUUAAGAAAAAGGAAAGGAAAAAAAAAGUGAAGGGUAGAAAGGGAAAUAGAGGUGUAUGAUGGGACCCACUUUUGGUAUUGGGCAACUGUUGUGAUUCUGUAUGAUAGAUUUUUGCUGCGUUCUAGUACUUGGUGAUAGUACCAUUCUGCCCUCUGCUGCAAUAUGGAUGAAACCAGUGCUACUAACUUCCUUC